AUGUUAGCAGAGGGCAGGGGAGAACGUCACGAACGACAUCGGGCCAAGUCUGAGCUGACACACUCAGCUUUCUACGGUACGUGUCUGCCGCCAUGUACUGCACCACAACCGCAAUUUUGCAUGAGGAACUUACUUUUCAAACCAGACAAACGCCUCCACCCCUCACGUAAACGUGCAUUACUUGUCAAUCAACGCGAGCUCGUAGCGUGA